AUGUCAUCAUCAACGAUAAUAAACCGACAAUUGCUAGAUUUUGUUAGGAAUUUAUUAAACCCGGUACCACAAUAUGUCUUAGGCAGCCUACCAGCUAUAGCAACCAUAGGAGCAGCACCUAUGGAGGAUUUUUUUCAAAAAAUAAUGUGGGUAUUCCGAUGUCUUGGUUGUCCAUUUAUAGGAUUAUUCUAUACAUGUAACAUACCGAGUGACGAAACAGCAAUAUUCUGGCUCCCAAAACGUUGUUUUAGAGGGGUGGAAAUAGAUAGACAUGAUAAUAGUACAAUUAUAAAAGAAAUCCCGUACAAACCUGUUGGACAUCAUGCCAUGUUGUUAAUUAUGCCCGAGUUCAACCAGAGAUUUGUUCGAGAACUCGAAGCGAAUGCACGCGUGCUACAAGGACUGGAUGAAUGCGUAGCAAAUGCCUCCGUGUUGGAGCGAUUCUCGUCGUUAGUGGCGGCGUACUACAUAUCUGUGGGUAUAAUUGCCGCAAUAGCAAGGGUGUUUGGACCGGUUGUCUGUGAGGAUUGGCCAUAUAUACCAUUAUUAUUAGCUUGGACAUUGCCAGCAAUCUAUAGAAGAAUCAUCCAUGGAAGACUACUAGUCAGAGAUCCUAAUAAAAGGUUAGGAGACAAUAUAAUAUAUGUGAGGGAGUUUGAUCAUAUUCAAGAUAAAGAAUCCAUACAUAUCCGCGUUGUCAUCACUGCUAUAGCGUCAAUAACAGUCCCUUGGACGACAAUAAUCCUGGCAUACUCUACACCGCCUACUGGAUUUUUUUGUCGGAGCAAAUAUAUCUCAGUAAUUUGCGCCUUAUGGUCGUUCAACAGUUUCCUCGGAUACAUUCACCACUUGGUGGGCGAAAAAAAUAAGGUUGUUGAUUAUAUACUUGGUGUUUGGUAUUCACUUUGUGGACUUUUUGUGGGCUUUCUUUUGUUCCUUCUAACCCUACUAUCCAAAAAACCAGAAUUGUGGUAUCCCAACAACUUGAAGCAACUUUUGUAA